GACGUUGGACAUACACAUACCUUCUUCUCAACUGUUGGUAUAGAAAGUAUUUUAGGAACGAUUGAAGAAACUGGUGGGGGUGGAUUAUAUUUUAAACCUCCUAACUUUCCAGAAGGUUUAACAUCGGAUAAAAACAUAACGACGAUGUUAAACCUUAGAUGUAGAAAUGUCUAUGUCAUGGAGGAUGAAAAAAAAGUUAAAUUCACUGCUCAAGAUUUAUAUGAUAAAAAAGCUGACAAAACAGAGCUUCAAACGUUAAAGACAGAAAUACUUCAAACAGUAUAUCCUAUAGGUUCUAUUUACACGUCAAUGAACUCUACCAGACCAGAAGUAGUACUUGGUUUUGGAACUUGGACUCAAAUAGUCGACAGGUUUUUGUAUUGUGCAAACUCUUCAAAGGAAACAGGUGGAAGUAAAACGAUUUCAGGUGCAAAUUUACCUGCACACAGUCACUACAUAAAUUUAAGUACAUCUGAAGCAGGUUUGCAUAGUCAUAGAUUUUGGGAUUGGUCAGGAAUGACAAAAGGUAAAGGAUAUGAUGUUAAAGACGACGUUAAGUUUGCUAUAAAUUGUUACUGGAGUAACACUGAUGUAGGAGGAAUCCAUUCACAUCGCGUUUCAGGGUAUACGCAAACAACGGGACAAAGUAAAGACUACAUGCCACCUUACAUGACAGUUUACGCAUGGUAUAGAAAUGCUUAG